CUUCCUGUUGUCAUCAUAAUAUAAUAAAGUCAACCAAUAAUUGAAUGCAUGCAUGAGGACAGCAUGAACAAGUUACAAGGUGGCUGUGGCUGUGUAUUUUGGCUGGUAUUUUUGACUGGAGCUGCUCAGCUCUUGCUUGUGUGUGGACAAAGUUUACCUGCAGCUGAAGUGUACUUAUCUCUGGGAUCAACCAACAUCACCACUAACAACACUGAGAUCCCCAUCACUGAUAUUGGAGAGGAUGCUGUGGGUGGUCUGCCUUCUCUCAUCUGUAACACUGUCUACGCUACCUGCUGUAGAAGUAAUGCUGAGAACAAUGGUAACGGAGGUUUAGGACAGUGGACGUAUCCUGAUGGGAGAGUGAUACUGAACAAUGCUGGCUCAACGACUGUUGGUGAGCAGUUCUACAUUGUGAGGAAUGCUCCACAACUGAUCAGACUGGCUCGUAGACAGUCUAACAACCCUCUGAGUCCAACUGGGUCCUACUGCUGUACCAUACCAACUACUGGAGGAGAAAUGACCCUCUGUGCCAACCUGGUUGUAGACUGUGGCCCGCCUCCCACUAUUCCCAAUGGAUCUCCUGGGACACCAACCAGCACAACAUUUGAAGGGACAGUGUCUUACACGUGCAACAAUAGAUACCGUAUGUCAGGAUCAGCCACUGUAACUUGUGAGGCUAGUGGGAGUUGGAGCACAAAACCAACUUGCUCAGCUGCUGUAACUGCAAUGGUCUGUACUGAUCUGAUGGACCUAGUCAAUGGAGGUAUUGUUUAUGAUAUGGAGACCAAUGAUAACAGACCAGUGAACACUGUGGCCACCUACACCUGUGACACUGGCUACACUCUCAAUGGAAGCAGCACUACCAGGACUUGUGGAAGUGAUGGAGUGUGGAGUGGAUCGGAUCCAACGUGUGAAGCCAUUGAGUGUCCUCCUCUAUCGGCCAUUAUCAAUGGUACUAUGAUCUCCUACUCUCCUGAUGUCACCCCGGACUAUGACCUGGGAACUAAUGCAACCUACACUUGUGAGGCUGGGUUCCAUCUUAAGGGUAAUGGUGUACGAGUGUGUAUGGACGAUGAUGGAAUGGACGCCAUUGGAGUGUGGAGUGAUCAGGAGCCAAGCUGUGUCCCCAUCCCUCCUCCUGUACGCUCAGUGUUUUUCCAACUCAGACUCACCAACAUCAACAACUGUCCUGACUGGGUGGACCAGGACGGGAGGUUAGAAAUUGUAACGAAUGCGUUUGCUGCCGAGGUGGAGAGUCACUGUGGGUGUGGUUUCUCAAGCACGGUCAUUACUGCCCCCCGCUUCCGCUGCUUCCCUGGGUCGGACAGAGCUGUCACAUUCCGAGCCACUCUAACCGAUUCCAGGCUCCUGACUCCCAUACAGGACUGGAUACAAACCAAUGGAUUCAUUCCCAUUCAGAAUAUACUGGUUGAGGUGGAAAAGUCUUGUCAGGUGCAGGUAUCAAGCCUUGCAGACACAGAGUGCACCACCAACCAGCCUGUAGCUGCAGCGAUCAUUGACCUAGCCACUGUGGUUGGUGGAGUGGUGGGAGGAGCGGUGGGGUUGAUCCUUCUGGUGGGUGUUGUUGUCAUAGUGAUUGCUGUACUGUUGUUGAAGAGUAGGAGACAGAAGAUGAUCGUCCACAGAACAACAAAACAUGACCUACCACCAGUGUCGCUAAAGGGUGUGGUCAGUACUGGUGAGAUACAAUCAUACAAGGUAAUGGAAAUGGGUCACGAAUACGAGGAAGUGUCCAAGUUCCAACGAGCCAUUGGUGGAACACCACCCUUACAUACAACUGGCUCCGAAAGCAAGUAUGUUAUAAAGACUGAGUCAUCACCACCCACUCCACCCACUCCACAACCCUCACAAGCGACUAAGGCUGCCGGAAAUGAUAUUGAGUUUACAGAGUGCGUUGCUUACAGCAGUGCACGACCACCCACAGUCACCCCCCACAUCCCACAAGCUUAUGAACUAAUACCCAACCCCCUGUAUGCUACUGUUGACUAUUUGCAUACUGUAUAAUCUUGUCUAAUGUUAUUGCUUGCAUGCAUUUCAUUUUGUAUGGCAUUGUCAUCAAUUUUA